AUGUCUUCAUAUCAUCCUUACAAAUCUAAAUAUGGUUACAAGGGAAGAGGAGGAGGAUACCUGGGCUACUAUGGAGGGAAAGAUAGUCGACAGAAGCACGGUGGGAAUAGAAAUGGAGUUGGAAGCGGAAGUGCGAGUGGAAACCGAGAGUCGAACGGUAGACAUUUCCCUUCGGGACCAUCGUCGUCUUCUUCAGCUUCUAGUAAGCAGCAGCUGUCUCGGCCACCAGUAAAGAAAGACUUAUCGGGAUCCAACCCCAUAACGGGGAUAAACCCACACGAUGAGAACUUCUUCAAGCUUUCACAUCAUUCAGACUUCACUUCUCUAAUAGCUCCUAGGAGCAGACCCGUGGAUCCUAGGAAGACCUUCAAGGUUAUAUAUGACCCUGAGUUUGACAAGACAUUAUCCAAAGAAGAGAAGAAAACUAAGCAAAAGAAGUUCAGAGUCAACGGUGGUGAUGACUUGACCUUGACAGUAGAAGACCCAAGAAAAUCUGUGAAGUUGGCUUCAACCUAUCUUACAAAGCCCAACAAGAGGUCUAAGAAGUUCCCAUUUAAACAAUUACCUCAGGCCAGGUUUAUAUAUGACAAGGAUUCUAUCGGUCCUCCACCAGUAACUGAGCUCUUGGUAUGGGACUUACCAUCUACAGUCAGCGAGGUGUAUUUGGUGAACUUUUUCAAAAGUCAUGGAGGCAGUCCCAUACAGGAUCUAAAGAUUUUCAACGAUCCUGUCAACGCUGUGCCGUUGGGUAUAGUCACAUUCAAGUUCCAAGGUACUUUAGAGAAAGCUCUGAAAUUAGCUAAGAACUUAAUAUCUUUGGUGAAUAGCAGAAAUAUUAAAAUUGACGGAGUGGAUUUGAAGAUUGCCCUUAACGAUGAAGAUUUGCUUAAAAAGAAGCUCAGCAUAGAGACGAGGAAGUUGGAGGAUGCAAGGAGAAGAUUAAUAGAAGAUCAGAGAAGAUUGGAAGAAAAGAAGAGGUCAGAGGCCAAGGCAAUCGCUGACAAAGAAAAACAAAGGCAAUUGGAACAAGAGAGAGCCAAGGCAAAGCAAAUUAAGUUAGAUGCGGAAAAGGCUUCAGCUCUAGGUGCAUCUUCCAAGAAAUUGCAUAUUAAGUCAAACAUGACCAUUUUAUCCAUUCGAAACAAUAAUAAAGUAUUGUCCAAUUGCUUUAUGCCGAAAGACCUCAACAAAUAUAUCAAAGACCGGCCCUAUAUUCUUAUCCACGAUAAGUAUGCCCCUGCAAAGAAAAUACUUGCACAAGAUAUUAAAAAAACAUUCAACAAGUAUGAUUGGACUAGAGUUUUAUCCGACAAGACUGGUUUCUAUAUAGUCUUCAAUUCGAUUAAUGAAUGUGAAAAUUGUUUCAACAACGAAGAUGGCAGAAGAUUUUAUGAGUAUCAGUUAUUUAUGGAAUUAUGCGUUCCUGAAGGCUGGAAAGAUGAAGAGGGGGGUCAUAAUGAGGUAGAUGAUAGUAAAUUUGAGUUGGAGCGUGAUGUCGUUGAAGAGGCAAGUAAUAUCUUAAUUAAAGAAUUUCAGGCAUUCCUAACUAAGGAUAUUCGUGAAAGAAUUAUUGCUCCAGCCGUCUUCGAUUCCUUGAAUCCGGAUAAAUACCCUGUAUAUAUGACAAAAUUGAAAGAGGAAGAAAGGAUUAAGAAGGAUUUGGAACAGAAGAGAAAGGAUGAAUUGGCUGCUGCUGCAGCUGCGAAGUUGCCUCAAGUUCAAAAGAAGAAACCUGUUCAAAAAAAGCAAGUUCCCUUAUUACCAUCCUUCAGAAAGAAACUACUUGAUUCCAAGAGGAUGAAGAAAGCAAUUAUUCCUAUGCAGCAUGCCCUUAAUUAUGCUAAUGAUUCUGAUAAUUCUGAUGAGGAAGAAAUGAGUAGAUCCUCGACUCCAACAAUUUCCUUAAAGAGAACCUUAGAUGAAGGACCCAUCGAGGCAACUAUCAAGAAAAAAUCUAAGAAAAUGGAAAGUGUCCUCUAUGGCGAUGAGAAAGAAAGUGAAGAAACCCAAGACCUUGAAGAAGGAAAUGAAUUGGAAGAAGAAGUCGAGGAAGCUGGGGAAUUCGAAAUUGAAGAUGAAGAUGAACAAGAUGAAGAAGAAGAAGAAGACGAAGAAGAAGAAGAAGAAAUUGAUUAUUCCGGAUUCAAAGAAAAUUAUAAACCAACUUUGGAUUAUCCAAGGACAGUCUUCGAAGAAUAUCCUACUAAUGCCAUAGAAUUAAACAAUCUUCACCACAUCCUCAGAGACUCUGAAGAUAUACGAUUGGCUUUGAAAGUCCUUCAAGACACGCCAGCAGCAAAGAAUAUACUGAAUAUUGAAUAUUGGGCUUGGAAGCAAAAGGAAGAAAGAAAGGCAACAUUAAAGCUUGCCAGUAUCAAUAGCAAUAUUGAUUUAAUGGACACCAAACUUCAAAACUUAUCUGGAUGCUUCAAAAGCGAAGGCUUUCAUAAAAUUCCUGACGCACUUAAAAUUGAGUACCUUCCUCAUAGGCGUAAGAUAAACAAGCCAAUAAAAACUAUUCAACAUGAAGAUGAUUCUGAUGCCGAAGAUUUAGAUGAAUAUAAUAGGUAUAUGGAGAAAUUGAAUGGUCUAAGUAAUGGUACUGAUGACAAUAGUGGUAAUGCAAAUAUCAAUGAAAAGGACAACAAUAACGGAAACGAUAGUACUAGUACUAAUGAUGAUAGCAAGAUAAACGGAAAUUCUAAUGGCGACGAUGAUGACCUAAAUGGAAACAGAAUGGGCAAUAGUGGUGCCAGCAACAAUAGUAACAACGAUACUCCAGGUGAUGGUUCAUUAUUGCAAAGUUCUCGUGUGAAUAGAGCAAACAAUAGAAGAUUUGUCGCUGAUAUUAGUGCUCAAAAGCAAAUGUUGGGAAGUGAAACUGAUAUUUUAAAUCUUAAUGCCUUGACCAAAAGAAAGAAACCAGUUUCUUUUGCUAGAUCUGCUAUUCAUAAUUGGGGAUUGUACGCCCUUGAACCUAUUGCUGCCAAGGAAAUGAUUAUAGAAUAUGUGGGUGAAUCUAUUAGACAGCAAGUUGCAGAACACCGUGAAAAGAGCUAUUUGAAAACAGGUAUUGGUUCCUCGUACCUUUUCAGAAUUGAUGAGAAUACCGUCAUUGAUGCUACUAAGAAAGGUGGUAUCGCUAGAUUUAUCAAUCAUUGUUGUGAGCCUAGUUGUACAGCUAAGAUUAUUAAGGUAGAGGGAAAGAAACGUAUUGUCAUCUAUGCUUUGAGAGACAUCAACGCAAACGAGGAGUUGACUUACGACUAUAAGUUUGAGAGGGAAACAAACGAUGAGGAGAGAAUUAGAUGUUUAUGUGGGGCUCCAAGUUGCAAGGGUUGGUUGAACUAA